ACAAAUGAAUUCCUCUUGCUUUCAUUUCCUCAAUCUUGUUCUAAGGCUUUUUCUUUCUCUCUCUAAGUUCUCAAUCCUUCUUCUUUUGUAGAGCCUAAAUUAGAGAGAGAAAGCCUAGGUAAGGAAAAAAUGUCUAGCAAUGGAAAAAUAGAGGAAAAUAAGGUACCCUUAUUAGAUUAUGUAUCUUCUAAUAUCCACAAGAGUUAUAUAUUAGAACAAAACCAAAAUGAAGAAAGUUUUUCAAAAAGAUUUUGGAUUGAAUCAAAGAUGCUAUGGCAUAUAGUUGGCCCUGCUAUUUUUAGUAGAAUAGUUUCUUACUCCAUGUUUGUCAUAACUCAAGCUUUUGCUGGUCAUCUUGGUGAUCUUGAACUUGCUGCUAUGUCCAUUGCUAGUAAUGUUGUUCUUGGCUUCGAUUUCGGCCUCAUGCUAGGAAUGGCGAGUGCAUUGGAAACAUUAUGUGGACAAGCAUUUGGUGCUAAGAAAUAUUACAUGUUAGGAGUCUAUUUGCAACGUUCUUGGAUAGUACUCUUCUUAUGUUGUAUUAUAAUGUUGCCUUUAUUUCUCUUCGCAACGCCAGUCUUGAAAUUUCUUGGGCAACCAGAGGAUGUCGCAGAGUUAUCUGGAGUUGUAGUUUUGGCCUUUAUUCCACUGCACUUUUGCUUUGCAUUUCAAUUUCCACUACAGAGGUUUUUACAGAGCCAAUUGAAGAAUAAUGUGAUAGCUUGGGCAAAUUUUGUGGCAUUCAUUUUUCAUGUGUUGAUAAGUUGGUUGAUUGUGUACAAGUUUCAUUUGGGUAUUAUUGGGACAACACUUACUUUGAAUAUCUCUUGGUGGUUGGUUAUGUUGAUGUUGUUUGGUUAUGCUACUUGUGGUGGUUGUCCUCUUUCUUGGACUGGUUUUAGUAUGGAAGCUUUCUCUGGUCUUUGGGAUUUUUUCAAGCUCUCUGUCUCUUCUGGAAUCAUGCUCUGCUUGGAGAACUGGUAUUAUAGAGUGCUAAUUGUGAUGACUGGUAAUUUGGAAAAUGCUAAAAUUGCUGUGGACGCAUUAUCCAUUUGCAUGAAUAUCAAUGGCUGGGAACUAAUGAUUCCUCUUGGUUUCUUUGCUGGAACUGGAGUAAGGGUAGCAAAUGAGUUGGGAGCUGGAAAUGGAAAAGGAGCCAAGUUUGCAACAGCAGUAGCAGUUACACAAUCAAUAGUGAUUGGUUUAUUUUUUUGGAUUUUGAUCAUAUUUUUCCACAAUGAACUUGCUCUUAUUUUCUCAACAAGCCAACCCGUCCUUGAAGCUGUUCAUAAACUCUCUAUUCUCUUGGCCUUCACUGUUCUCCUCAACAGCGUUCAACCCAUUCUCUCGGGGGUUGCUGUUGGAUCUGGAUGGCAAGCAUAUGUUGCAUAUAUAAAUUUGGGUUGCUAUUAUGUACUUGGAGUCCCUCUUGGCUUCAUAAUGGGAUGGGGUUUCCACUAUGGUGUUAUGGGCAUCUGGGCUGGAAUGAUCUUUGGUGGAACUGCAAUUCAGACUUUGAUUUUGGCUAUAAUCACAAUAAGAUGUGAUUGGAAUAAAGAGGCAGAGAAGGCCUCUACGCAUGUAAAGAAAUGGGAAGACGUUGGUCACUUAACCUCGUAGAAAUAAAUAGCCAGGAAUUUCGCUAAGCAUAUUGAAGAAUGAUGACGAAAAAGAUAUAAAGAGAGGAUAUUUCUCUCCAAGUUUUGUGCACUGAUUUUUCAGGCUAAGCUAGUUGUAAUUUUCUUUCUACAUAGAAAUGAAGCAAAAUAUGUUCCUACCAAAAAAUAAAAUAAAAAGAAGCAAAAAAUGUAUAAAUUUUAAAGGAAGUUGAUUGGUGAAUGAUGAUAUGUAUUUUGUUAUCUUGAAAAUGAAUCGUUAAACGUAACCAUAGAAAUUCUCAGC